CCCCUCCCUUCUGUCUGCUGCUUGCUCCAGGAGGAGCGGCCAUGGAAGCGGUCGGGAUGCAGCUGCCGCCGCCCCCACCGGGGAGGAGGAAGGAAAGAACAGGUGAGGUGGACUCCCCCGACGUUGACGUGAACGAGGAGGAAGAAGACGAAGAGGAGGAGGAGGAGGAGGAAGACGAGGUUGGCAACCUGGGCUCUUUGGAUGCUGAGAAAGACCUGGACCUCUCAGACCAAGAGUUGGACCAAGACUUGCAGGCCCAGGUGCUGCUGCUCCUGGACAAGGUGGAAGAGGCCCAGGAGGUGGCCCUCAAGUAUGAGGACGAAUCGCUGGAGUUGCGAGGUUUCCUGGAGGACGAGCGACUGGCGAGCGCGCUGCAGGCAGAAAACUUUACGAAGGAGAUUCAGCGGCUUCAAGCUCAGAUGCGUUCACUGAAAGAUGAAUUUGACGCACUAGAAGACGAGAAGGAUGUUGAGAUAGAUCAUAUUCAGGUGGAGCUGCAGGAAGCCAACGAGGAGAUCCACAGCCUGCGUUUGGACGCCGAGGAGGCGGCAGCCUUGCACGAGAAUGAGGUUGCAGUGCUGCAGGAGGAGAUUUGCCGGCUGAAGGCUGAGCUGGAGCGGGUGCAGCAGAACCGCAACGAGUAUGACAUGGAGAUCACUGCCCUGCGCGCCGAGAUCAGCAUGAAACAAGGGCCCGGCACUGGAGACAGACAGCCCUCGCCGGAGGUGCAAGUUGUGACGCGCUUUGAUGAACGGGUUUCCGGUCCUUCGGACGAGGUGGUCAGGCUCCGAGAGGAGGUCAGCACCUUGCGAGAGCAGUACCAGGAUCUCACCGAAGAGUACCAGAUCUUGCAGAAAAGCAACAGGACGAUGGUCCAUCAGCUGGAGAGACUCGAGGCCAUAAAGUAUAGUGAAUUUCCCCCUGACAGAUCCAGAAGCAAGUUGGAUGAUUCACCGUCCCUCGACUUCGAUGCGGAGUGGAGCACAGAACGCCGCCAAUCCGUCAGGCGAAACACCCUCCACACGGUCGGCAGCGUCUCCUUCAAGUCUGUGGAGAUCGUGGGCACGUCCUACGAAGACGAGGACGACAAGAUGGAAAAGCUGAUGGGAGAAUGUGAACAGCUGAAACAGCUGAAGAGGGUGGAGGAAGAGGACGAAUGCAACCAAGCCCCCUACGACCUGUGCAAAAUGGAGAGCAAGGAGCAGCCCAGCUGCAAUAAGUGGAGAAACAGGGGAAGUGAGCAAAAGGUGGGAGAAGCUGCAAGAGCAGGGGAGAAAGAUGGAACCGAGAGCCACGGAUCCCGGCGCAGUCUGCGCGAAACCGAGAGCAAGGCCCAGACCAGCCCCACUGAGUGGGAGGAGCUGCAUGAGGAGCUACGUCUGUGCAAAGAGGAGAUCCAGAGACUCAACGGCAAUAUCCCACCUGGUGGACGGGUCACACAUGCACCCGACCCCCCCACGAUCUCACUCCCUCUCAUAGGUCUGGUUGUGAUAGUGGCUCUGCUCUGGUGCUGGUGGGCCGAGGCCUCCUCCUAACCCCGAUCAGGUCCCGUUUGGAGGAAUGAAACCCUUUGCUGUGUUUGUCGCGUUGGCAGGGGGCUUGCUUCUGUACCCGUGCCUGAAAAGAUGCAGCAGCGGCUAGAGGGUGACCAGAAGAGACUGCCUGCCUG